AUGGAGCAGCGAUUAAAAGCGAUUGAAGAUCGCCUGUCGCAGCAAACAACAUAUCAGCAGGCUCUAGAGGAAGAACGGAGGCGUCGGGAGCAGAUCGUAUUGGAGUUCACACAAUUCAUGUCGACUCUACCUCAGGAGGCUCAGGAGGCAUAUAGGAGACAUUUUCUGUCGUCACAGAAUAUCAGGGCCCUCUCUCCCACCGACUUCAUCCGAUCACGUGCCGUCUGCAGGUCAUGGUUCGUCGCUGCCACCAACGAAACGCGGCGCAAUAAACCCUGUACCCCGCUCCUCCUGCUCGCUGGCGACGCAAUUGAUGAGAACAGCGAGUACCGAACCAUCUUCAGCCUUUCAGACGACAAGACCUACCGUUUCCAUCUCCCUCAGAUCCGCGACCGUCGUUGCGUCGGCUCCGCUGACUCCUGGCUCGUCACGGUCGACGAUGUAGCUGAGCUCCACCUCUUCAACCCCUUCACAGGGGCCGAACAUGAUCUCCCUUCCAUCACCACCCUCUCCGUAAUCCAAGGCGUCGAGAGGGACGCUGCCGGCGGCGUCACUGGUUACAUCAUCCAUGCCAUGCCGAGAGACGCCGAAUCAUGGUUGUUCCACGACCUGGAAUACAUGCUGAAGUACUUCCACACCAGGGCAGUAGUCUUUGCUGCUUCCGACGAUCCUUCCUCCAUAACGGUCUUCAUCGUAUACAGCGACUAUAGAGAUCUGGCGUUCGCGAGGUUCGGGGACGACCGCUGGACUGAACUCAACGCUAUCUGCCCUUAUAGCUUCUUCACCGACGUCGCACUUCACAAGGGGCAGUAUUACGGCGUGGUCAGCGGAGCCGGACACUGCGUCGCGUUCGACAUCUCGUCUUCACCUCCAAGGAUGACGUUCGUGGGGCCUCCCAACCACGGAGGCACUGUGCAGAGAUUUUAUUUGGUGGAGUCUUUGGACGGCGAUCUGUUGCAGAUCUGGAGGCAUGAAUCUUGGGUGACUCCUGACGGGGAUUACGACGGAGAACUGUCCUCCGGCCGCGUCCGAGAGACGCAAGGGUUCACAGUGUUUAGGCUCGAUCCGAAGGGGAGGGCGAUGGUCAGAUUGGAAAGACUGGAAGAGGGCACUGCCCUGUUUCUGGGGGAUAAUCGUUCGACGCUGCUCAAGACGAGGGAGCUGCCCGAGCUGAAAGAGAAUUGUAUUUAUUUUACCGACGGAGAGAGCGAGCAAUACAUUAGCCAUCGUCGCAUGAGGCGCGACGUCGGAGUCUUCAACAUGAAGGACGGGGCUGUUCAGCCUUUGUACCCUCGCGACUCGCCCACAAAUCGCUUAGCUUGGCCGCCUCCGGUGUGGUUGACCACCUGCAGCAGUUCUUUAUUUCUUCCUUCUUACCGUUAGCGAUCAUUGAAAUCACGACACGUUUCUUAUUUAUUUACAUUGUUUUGUUGCUUUUUCUCGAACCUUAGCAUUACAAUUUUAAAACUUUAGGUACCCUUUGGUAAAGGGUUAAGAAAGAGGGAUUAAGGAGAAGGGUUAACUUAGUUAAUCCAUUUAGAAGGGUUAAAAAUAUUCUAAUUCCGUUUGGAUUCGCUAGUUAAGACAAGGGGUUAAGACUUUUGUGUUUGGCAAAUAAAGAAGGGAUAAGGAGAUUAAUCUCAUUAAUUUUUUUAAAAAUACCACUUUCGCCCUUACUGAAAAUUUAUAACUAAUUGCCUCAUUAAUAUCUUUUUCGCGUUGUUUAUCUUCUGAUCAAUAAUAUGUAAUUCAGUUGAGACACGUGGGAUAAUUUUUUUUUCGAAAUAGCGCUAAAAUGACAAUUUGGUAUUAUUAAAUAAAUGAUUGUUCAAAAGGUAAAUUA